ACCCAUUUUUUAGUUUGUUUCAGAGCUCUCGGAAGCCAUUGUUAGAGCUUUAUCAUAAGCCAUGUCAGCCCUUUCUCGGCGUAGCUUCCGCUCCUCUUCUCGUCUCCUCUUCCGCCGCUCUUAUUCGUCUUCCGGUGUUAAAGCUCUCGGCGACCCUCCAAUUGUUCAUUCUCGCAGAGUAGUUGUAACCGGUUUGGGAAUGGUGAGCCCACUGGGUUGUGGCGUUGAGACCACUUGGAACCGUUUGUUGAAAGGAGAGUGUGGGAUAAGGAGUUUAACUACUGAUGAUCUCAAGAUGCAUAGUUUUGACAGAGAAACCCAGUUGUACACAUAUGAGCAGCUCAGCUCUAAAGUCGCUGCUGUAGUACCAUGUGGAACAAAACCUCACGAGUUCAAUGAGGAGCUGUGGCUUAACUCUAAG